ACAAAAAAGAAAAAAGAAAUUGUGCUGUACCUUCUUCUCCGAUUUGUUUGUGUGAUUUGGAAAUUUGGAGUUAGGAGGGGAAAUGGGAACUCGAUCAAAUUUCUACAAGAAUCCGUCAAUCUCUUACAACAAACACUUCAGCCUCUCCUCCGUUCUUCAGAACCUCCAAGCUUACAACAUCGCCACCGGCAAUGUUCAAUCCGGCGAUCAACCAAAUCCCCUUCCUACCGCCACCGCCUCCACCUCCCUCAAACGUCGCCGGGAUCCCCGGCCACCGCAAUCCCGAGGCUAUGACGGCGACAAUGAUGACGACGAUGGCCCUUUCUCUAUGUCACACCGCGAUUACAUCGAAAAUAGAAGGAAAGAAGUUGCUUCGUCGCGAAAUUGCGAUCGCCUUCGAUUGACUGAAGAUGUCUUGGGAAACCCUAAUUCUGCCGUCUCCUUGGUGGAUUAUGCAAGUGAUGAAGGUACUCCUUCAGAAUGUGAAGAAACAGAUGCUCUUCCAAACUCUGGUCACAAAAAAGAAUUUGAUGGAAUCAAAAGCAGAAAUGAGCAGCGUUUUCCUGUCUCUGGAGAACCUGUUUGUCUUAUAUGUGGAAGAUAUGGAGAAUAUAUAUGCAAUGAGACAGAUGAUGAUGUCUGUAGCAUGGAGUGCAAAAGUAAACUUUUAGAAAUUCUUAAACACGAUGAGGGAUCCUCUCACGACCAAGUUAGAGAUUUCUCUUCAUCUGUAAUUAGUGAUGCCUCACCAGUUCCUUUCUUUGGUGACGAUACCUGGGAUGAUAACCGGCAUCGCUGGUCAAAAAAGAGAUCUAGUCUUUCUACUUAUGAAUGUUGGAAAUGUCAAAGACCCGGGCACCUAGCUGAAGAUUGUCUAGUACAGAGUUGCAGUCAGAUCGCAAUGGGCAGUAAUAGAUCUAGUACCAUUCCAAAGGAUCUUCUUGGACUAUAUAGAAGAUGCCACCAGUUCAGUAAAGACUUGUUGGCUGCAAACUGUAAUGUAUGCCACAGCUCAUCAAAUUUGGCAACAUGCCUUGAUUGUAGCAUUGUCCUUUGUGAUGGGGCAGGUCACUUGGAUGAGCAUAUAAGAAUGCACCCUUCCCAUCAAAAAUAUUACUCACACAAGCUUAAACGUCUGGUUAAAUGCUGCAAGUCAACAUGCAAGAUCACUGACAUCAAGGAUCUCUUGGUUUGCCACUUUUGCUUUGAUAAAGCCUUUGAAAAGUUCUAUGACAUGUAUACUGCAACAUGGAAAGGAGCUGGGCUUUCGAUUAUAUGGGGUUCUAUAUGCUGUGAAGACCACUUCACCUGGCACAGGAUGAAUUGUUUGAGUGCAGAUGUGGAAGGAAGUGCAUAUAUUGUAAAAAGCAAUGGCCAUAAAGGAAAGAGGACGCAACUUAGUGACUUCAUUUUUUGAUGGUUGAAAUACUUUGUCCUAAGUUUUGAACAGCAGUUUAAAAUUGUUCUUCAAAUGUGAUCAAUGGAUAAUGGGACAAAUAUCUUGUUCAAUUCCUUGUUCUUCUUUGAGGCUUGACUGAUGAAGAUUUUAAGGCUCUGUUAACCAAUUUCAUGUUUAUAGAAGAAAAAAAAUAUUUUGAUAAAAAAAAAAGUUGAGAAGCAUACCUUUUUUUUUUUUCUUCAAACAUAAAUUGG